AUGAGCACAUCGCAAUUGCCCACAGACGGACUGGAAGCACAAGAUACACCUCGAAGCGGACUGCGAAACUCGUCGUCAUCUAGCCUUCAAUCAUCUAGCAGUCAACCACUAAGGAGUCCUGUCCUUUCAAAAUUUCCUACUUCGCCAGGAGUUAAUGCGGCUGGUAAAAGCAUAAGGAAAACGAUCAGUAUCAACGCAUUUCCACAGCCUCCUCGAGGAGGGGUUAGAACCAUAAGUUUACCGCCUAGUCCAUUGUCCGGGGGAGUUGCGCCAGGGAUCGCGAUGUCAACAGGAGAGCCAAGUAGGAGGGAAUCAACGGAAAUAAGCGCAUCCAACACUGGUGGCGGGAGACUUCGGAAAAGACCCAUGGCGAUGGCAAAUCCCAAUACACAUAACUCAUUCAGUGGAUCGAGCCAAAACCUACUCAACGGGAAUGAAAGCAGCAUUUCAAUAUCUAGCGGUGCCGGGACUCGAGGUUCAGAUGGUCUAUUAAGCUUACCGUCACCCCCGCAAAGUCGCAGCUCAUCUGCCCAGGAUUCAUACUCGACGUCUGUAACAACCACUGAAGAAUUUGGAGAUGGGCUCAGAGGUCGAGAGGGGCUUGAUGAUGCCGAUAGACAGUCUCCAAAACUUGGAGAAGGCAAAGGAAAUGUCAUCGUCAGCGUUCGUGUACGCCCAGAUGCCAAUAGUGAUGGAGACAAUAGCAAGUCUUCCGGAGAAUGGUUGAUAGAUGGAAGAAAGUCGCUUGUUGCCUACCGCGGGAAGGAAGGUGGCGAUUAUUACUAUGAUAAUGUUUUUUCGCAGAAUGAUAAUAACGCUAGAGUAUACGAUGCAUCGGCUAAAAGGCUCGUACGGCGAGUCAUGGAAGGAUAUCACGGUACUGUUUUUGCAUAUGGUAUGACAGGUACCGGAAAGACAUUCUCCAUGCAAGGGACGGAUAAGAUGCCUGGUGUUAUACCACUUGCUAUCACCGACAUUUUCUCAUAUAUUCGUGAAACUCCAUCGCGAGAGUUUCUUCUCAGGGUUAGCUAUCUGGAAAUAUAUAACGAGAAGAUUCACGACCUGUUGAGUGCUUCGACAGGGCCUGCAACAGGCCCAGGAGCUGCUCAGACCGAAGAAAUUAAGCUCCGAGAGGAUAGCAAGAGGGGUGUGUAUGCCACACCUCUAAAAGAAGAGAUAGUGCAAUCUCCAACACAAUUACUCCGUGUCAUCUUUCGGGGCGACCAAGCACGAAGGACUUCCAGUACACAGUUCAAUGCUAGAAGUUCUCGAAGUCAUGCAGUCGUGCAGAUCGUGGUUGAAUCUCGCGAGCGUAUUCCGGGAGGAACAGCAAUGAACGAAAACAAGCGGAGCGGCCUUGUUCCCGGUGGCGUGCGUGUCUCUACACUCAGUUUGAUUGAUUUGGCAGGGUCGGAGAGAGCUGCCGAAACGAAGGAACGACGUACUGAAGGUUCCCACAUCAAUAAAAGUUUGUUGACCCUUGGAACCGUCAUUGCUCGAUUGUCGGGCAACAAAGAUAAGGACGGCAAACCUAUGGACAAGGACGGAAAACAUUUGCCAUAUCGCGACAGCAAGCUUACAAGACUUCUUCAAGGCGCACUAUCCGGUGAUUCGCUUGUCAGCAUUCUAUGUACAAUAUCUGUUGGAUCCGGAGCAAGUGCCUCCGGGCCUAAUAGCCACACCAGUGAGACCUUGAACACCUUGAAAUUUGCUUCCAGAGCUGCAGCCAAUAUCGUCAGUCAUGCUAAAAAGGCGGAGGAAGCAAUGGGUGCAGGUGGUGAUGGUGGUGCCAGAGUUCUACUAGAACGAUACCGCAUGGAGAUCUUGGACUUACGGAGGCAAUUAGAUAACCAAGUCAAAGCUAAAGCAUAUGAGGAGGACAAAAUUCAAAAGGAGGAAGCAAAGGCACGUCAUGAAGAGCAAUUGCUAGAGAUGCAAUUGGCUCGAACUGCCUUGAAAGAAAGAAUCGAUCAUUUAAAUAGACUGAUCCUUAGUUCCAAGUCCACUGGUGUGAACGCACAUGGUACAUAUUCGUCUUUAAGCAUGCGAUCUAGAUUUUCGAUGGGUAUGUCAAAUGGCCACAUGUCCUCAAUGUCUGUGCGCUCAUCCAUGACUCCAUCCACCAUCACUCUAGAGCGUGCCAACUCGGUAUCUACCAUCGGUCGACGACGAAGUGCGAAACGAUUAUCAGGAACUACUUCAGGUGACCAUACAUCAAUGGAAGAUGAAGAUUCUGCGGGUGAAUAUGGUGAUGGUACAGCUUCGCUAGCAGCGCAGAAUCGAGCUUUACAAGCCGAUCUCGCAGAUAAGACCAGGUACUGCCAGACUCUAGAGAAGCGACUCCUACAAGCACGCCGCUCUAGUCAGUCAAGGGCGUCUGCACAAUUCGGCAGCAAGUCAAGUAUUAUGGUUGGUGAGGACCAUGGGGUUUCCAAUCUUUUGAAAGAUAAGGAUGCCGAAAUUGCGGAUUUGAGGGCAAGACUUGAUGAUAAAGACCGCAUGUUAUCGGCACUUCGUAGCUCCGCUCGGUCAAGAGAUACUGCCGACCGUGAUUCUCGUCAUGGAGUCAAUCAUGGGGUGAAUCAUGGCUUGCCGUUAAGUCCCGUCUCGGCGAGAGAAUCCCAAUUGUUUGAUCCUAGCCUCACAUAUUUAGGAGGCCCAGUGAAGGUUCUUCCACCCACAGUCCUUCCCCCAACACCUCUCAAAAAUUCAAAGAGUGUAGAUGAGAUGAGCAAAAUGCUAGAUGAAAUGAUUCAAGAUAGAGUUGAAAGUGAUCAAUUGGUCAAAGGGGUUAGGGGAAGUGUUCGACACACGGGCGACCGCAAACGAGCGGUUUCAACAGAUAGGAUUUCUGGGAUUGAGCCUCUUAAGAAUCCACAUCUGAGUCCUAUGGCUCAGCCACACGAUUCUGGGGUUGUAGUAACAGAUUAUUUUAAAAAGAAUGGAGGUGAGAUUUGUGAUUAA